AUGAUAGAGGAGAAGAGCUUCGCCUGCUUGUCACUCCUGAUCAGUAUAUGGAAAAAUUGGUCGAAAACUAACCAAACUUGGGUCGGUGAGGACGAUUUCCGGGUCGUGAAACCGAGUAUCGUAAUGGAGAUCCCAAGAAUACUGUUUGUCGGAAGACCAAAAAGAAUUUUACUUUAUUUCGAGAACCCGUUGAAAAAGUCGCUGACUGACUGCAAAAUGAAUUUCGGUGGUUCAAGAUUUGUCAGGGCCGAGGAGAUGAGUAUCGGACCGGUUGCUCCAGGCGAAAAGGUUCAAGUAACGUAUGACCUCAUCCCACAAACAUCUGGAAAACACAACAUUCUGGUCACCUUUACGUCCAAACAACUCAGCAAUAUCACUGGGAUGGCGACUGUCGAAGUUACACGCGACUGGCGAAGGUUUCGCUAA